GUGUCUCUUCUUGCACCCAUGGGUGCUGUUGCCCCACCUGCUCUGGGCUGGGCAGAUGGGUGGCACCAGGUUAUGGGGAGGGGAUUGUGGAUCCUGUCCCAGUGACGCACAAGGAUGGCUCUGGUGCGGCUCUGUGGGAAGACCCACUCCUCGUGGCUCCGUGCACUGGAGAAAUGGGCUUUGCUCACAGCGGGGGCCAUGGGGCUGUGCUACCUGCUGGCCCCCAUCACAUCCCUAUGGCCUCACACAGCCCCCAACCCUGCACCCACCUCCAUUGCAGCCCCCAGCCCAUCCCCAGCUCUACCCAGCAUCACCCCAUGCGUUGCCAACGCUUCAGUUCAGAACAUCUCCGGCUUUACCAAAGUACCCGAGCAAUCCCGGGACUUCAUGCUCCAUCAGCACUGCAGAACCUUCCCUCAGCUCCUCGACGUCCCCAGCAAAUGUGGGGGUCCAAAAGGUUCCUCCAACGUCUUCCUCCUCCUGGCCAUCAAAUCCUCCCCAGCCAACUACGAGCGGCGCGAGGUGAUCCGUAAGACGUGGGGUCAGCAGAGAACCGUGCAAGGGGAGCUGAUAAGGAGGGUCUUCCUGGUGGGGGUGGACCCCAGGGUGCAGGAUGCAACCAAACUGAACAGGCUGCUGCAGCACGAGCAACGUGAGCAUCGUGAUGUGCUGCAAUGGGGUUUUAAGGACACCUUCUUCAACCUGACGUUGAAGCUGCUGCUGUUUCACACCUGGUUGCAGGAGCAUUGCCCUGGAGUGAGGUUUAUCUUCAGUGGGGAUGAUGAUGUCUUUGUGAAUACAGAUAACGUGGUGUCCUUCACAAGGGGCAUCUCCAGCGAGCAGCACUUGUUGACUGGGCAGGUAUUGACCAACACGGGGCCCAUCAGGAACCCAGCCAGCAAAUACUUUGUGCCCACGCAGCUGAUGCCAUCGGAGCUGUACCCACCGUACUGCAGUGGAGGGGGGGUGCUCAUGUCUGCCUUUACCGCACGUGCCAUCCACCGUGCGGCUCAGCACAUCCAGCUCUUCCCUAUUGAUGACGUCUAUGUGGGGAUGUGUUUGCAGAGGGCCGGGUUGGUGCCCACCUCCCACGAUGGCAUCAGGCCUUGGGGUAUCGAUGUGCCCCGCUCUUCUGACCCGCUGGACCCCUGUUAUUACCGGGAGCUGCUGGUGGUGCAUCGCUUUGCGCCCUAUGAGAUGGCCAUGAUGUGGCAGGCGAUCCAUGAGCCCCAGCUGAGCUGUGGGAGGAAGGUGGGCAUCUUCUAGGGUGGAGAAGGAGGGAGAGCUGCUGUUCUGGGGGUUGUGGGGUGAUGCUGUGGGGUGAUGAACCUCAGCUCCAGCCUGUGGCUGAACCAUAAAGGUUCUGCCCUGUUCUGCCCCUUCUGACCCAGGUGCCCAAGGUGCAAUAAAGGAACGCAUUAUGGAGAUGAGGGCUCUGCCCUUGCUGCCAUCCCAUAGUGUGGGGGGAGGCUCAGUGUGGGGAGUGGGAGCUCAGGGUCCCCCCACUGCCCACCCCUUGUCCCCUGCUCAUCCAUUGCAGGUGGGCACAGACCUGAGGUCCCUUCUCCAUCCUCAACCACACAAGCAGUAGAUGGGGGCCCCCCACGCCCCCCCCAGCCCCUGCACUCCUACUGCUGUCCACAGGGGUCUCCAUUGGCUCAUAGGAGGGCUGAGCUCACUGCUGCUCUUCCUCAGGGGGGAUAUUAGUACACAUCUCAUCUCAUGCCCAUCUUCCCCCCAUGGAUCAUGAUCACCCCCCCAUAUUCCCACCAUGGAUUCCCUUCACUCCAGCUUGCCAAAAUUCACUUCCAUUUACUUGAAA